UUUCACAGGGAGCAGAGGCAUUUGAGUCGGGGCACACAUGCCUCAUCUGUGAGAGGCCCUACUCCCCUUGGCUGGCUGGCAUCCCAGAGCAGAGGCAGAGAGAGAGACAGUGUGUGAGACCGAGGGUGAAGAGAACGUUUGAAAGUAAGGUAGAGUAGAAAAAGGGAAACAGGGGUUUGAGAAAGUUUCUGAAAGAAAGAAAAGAAGAUUAGAGACCGAGCAGGGUGGCUCCUGCAGGUUGUCUUUCACUAGUGUAUUUUUAUCCCUACUGAGCAGGCGGUGUGUGCUUGGAGUUGACAGCCAUGGCGGAUACAGGUGUCAUGAAGAAACACCAAGCAGAAGUGCCCUAUGAUGAUGAUGAUGAUGAGGAGGUUUCUCUGGUGGGUGCUGCCACUGAGCCAGCAGUCGAUGACGACGACCCUGACGAGGAGGAAGACCUGGUGCUGGCGUCUGGUCCGAGAGGCAAGAGUGAAGCGCAGAUGAACGGGAUCAUGGUCCUGUCUCUGCUGGAUAAGAUUAUCGGGGUGGUAGACCAGAUCCAGUUGACCCAGAAUGGCCUCGAGGCUCGGCAGGAAUCCAUGGAGAAGUCGGUGUCGUCCAUCCAAGGGGAGCUGGCCAAGCUGUCCAAGAACCACGUCGCCACGGCCAGCACCGUCAACAAGAUGCUGGAAAAGGUUCGCAAGGUCAGCGUCAAUGUGAAGACGGUGCGCAGCAACCUGGAGAAGCAGGCGGGCCAGAUCAAGAAGCUGGAGAGCAACGAGAGUGAGCUGCUCAAGAGACGCAACUUCAAAGUCCUCAUCUACCAGGACCAAGUGAAGCCACCAAAGACCUCCAAGUCCAAGACGGCAGAGAUGGCAGCUGAAGGUACAGCAGUGGAGGGGCUUGAGCAGAUACCUGAGGAGGGUAAAGAGGGUCUCCCCGACAAUCUCAAUUCAGACGAGGAGGUGGAGAUUGAAGAGAUCGUUGAGGAGUCUCGUACCAAACGCCUCCAACGCUCUACCAAGCAGCAAGUGGACAACAUAAAGAAAGCCUUCUCCAAAGAGAAAAUGGAGAAGACCAAGCUAAAAACCAAGGAGAACUUGGAGAAGACCAAGCAAAGAACCCGUGAGAACCUGGAGAAAACAAGACAGAGGACCCGUGACAACUUGGAGAAAACCAAACACAGCCUUGAAACGAAGAUUGGCAAGCUUGGGACCCGCAUGACACCCAACCUGGAGCGCAGGGUGAAGAUGAAGAGCUCCAAAGACAAGGUGAAGAAGUCCCUAAGCCCCGACCACACGGUCUACGCUCGCUCCAAGACAACGGUGUACCGAGUCCCUCCCUUCACUUUCCAUGUUAAGAAGAUCCGAGAAGGUAAGGAGGAGGUGCUGCCGAACGCAGAGAUGGUAGAGGUGACCGAGACCGAGGGCGAGCCGGUCGGAGAGGAGAACGGCCUUGGAGUGCAUGUGGAGGUGGAGGAAGGGGAGCUAGUGAGCGUUGACAGCCCCGAGAUGGAGGAUCUGUUGGAGGUGAAUGAAGACUCUCAGCUGGUCAGGGUGGAGCCAGAGCACCUAAAGAAGGCCCAAAGUGAAUAGAGCGUCCCAGAUCUGCCGUGCUAUAAGGGAAAAGAUGAAAGGAUGAAGAGGGGAAGAGAGUUUGAGAAAUUAGUCUAAACACAAGGACACAAUAUUAGUCGUAGAGACUUCAUAGACGUGAUAUCAAUCCAUGUUAUCUCAUGUGUUGUCUGUUCUCUUUUUAUUGUACCACACAGGGAUUACUUUCAUAUUUGCUCUGCUUUAAAAAACAAAUAAGAAAAACAAAAUAUAAAACAAAGCACAUAUAUAAAUAUUGAAACAUGCCACAGUCUGACUGGUUAUCUUAGAUUUGAAUACUAAGGGUGUUUGCUGUUUCUUGUUUGUUUGAUAAAUUGAGUGACUAUAAGAAAAAAAGAUAUAGUUUAUUUUAUCGAGCUGUAAUGUAUCAUGUACUAUUUUCCAUGAAUGACAUGCACAUUAUUAGGUGCUGUAACCAGAGAUCGUCGGUUGGAUGUAUGCAUAUAUGGAGGGUUUAAGGGAUGUUUUGCACAUGCAAAUUAUGAUAAUGAACAAAUAGAAAAUGUUUAGGCCAUAAGGAGACAUGAAAACAAAGUCCUGAGGAAGCAGGGCAGGAUAUGAGAAGGAAUGGAUUUAGAAUAUAUAUUUCCCUAAACGCAUAAGCAUUAAACUUAUUAAGCAUAUAAACUUAUAAGCAUUAAACUUAUUAACUUCCAGUCACUCAGGAGUCCUGCCAAAAACUCAAAUGUACUUGGUGCCACUGUCAAUUACAAUGUAAAUGAAUUGAAUGUAGCAGUAUGAUGUCAGAAAAAUGAUACAGGGUACAGUUAAACAGUUAUGAAUCUAAACUUUUAGAACUUUAAAUCUCUAUUUACUUUUUUAUUUUAAGAACUAAUGUGUUCCCUUUUUAAAGACAUUAUAUCAAUAAAAUAAAAUAUAUACAUAUAUUUAAUUUAAAGAGCACCUUCAAAGUCCUUUCCCAGGUAAAAGAAAAUCAAACCAUAAGCAGCAUUUCGUACAGCUGGAAGUGGUAAAUAGUGAAACAUUCAUAUAUACAUCAAAGACAGCAAGACAAAACCCUGCAUGUACAUUUUUGUGCUUUGAUUUUUUUUAAAAAGACACUAAUAAAGAAUUAUGAAUCUUUGAAGGAAUCAGUAGUCCACCAAUGAGUUUGAAGAUGUACUUUCUGCCUUCUUUAUUCUGUGGUUGUUCAUUCAUAACUUUAAUCUAUAAUUUAAAUCAAAAGUUAAAGCUGACAUCAAAGAGCUUUAGAAAGUCACCUUUGCUGCAGUUUAUCUUAAAUUAGAACCUGGUUUAAAAAAUACUAACUGCAGUGCUUUGAUGUAUAAUUCAACAUGGUGUAUUUAUUGUAUCUGGACUUGUUGUACUCAUCUACUUUCACUUAGCAAACAUUUGCACGCAGGGGAAUAAAUAUGAGUGUCAUUAUGAUUGUACUGUAUUUAGUCACCAUGGUCACGGCUCAUCACAGUAAAUUUGAACAUCCCUAUUUAAUUUCCCUCUGUAAUCUGUAAUUUUAUGCUGAAAAAUGACGGUCUCAAGAGCAAGAUUACAGUUUGAUGACUGACUACAUGUGUUAUUAAAUUGCAGAUACGAUCCUAAAUCUAGUCAAAGUCAUACCGUGCAAUACUACAUUUUGUAUGUAUGGAGUGGCACUUUUAUAAAUGAUUACCCGAACAUCACGGUCCAGUUCAUAAACGUUUUUGCAGAAACCAGGUGCUGUCUUGUGUACUUCAUCUGAAGGGGUAAAGGAUGCUUUGACAAUUGGGUUGUAACUAUUAUAUACUAUAAA